UCAUCCAAGAUGAUCAGUAAAAUAACUGUCGUGUGUUUGUUAGCAAUUUUUAGCCUGCAAAUUGCAGCAUCGAAACAAGAGAAUGCAGUUCAAGUUUCAAUUAAACCGAAACACUGGCUUGAUAUAUUUCUGGGACUCCUAGGAGAACUUCUCUCUGGACUUAGUGAAAUGACUAAAUAUACCAUAAAAGUUGCUGGAAUCACUGAUCAGUCAUGUGGCUUUUGGGAUUUAUCAUUGUGUACUGCACUACAGUCAAGAUUCGGUUUCUUUGGUGGAAACAUUCCAAAACAUCCAGCACACAACAACGUAGUGAGAACUCCUAAACCACCUGAUGCUGAUCACUGCCGCGUACCGGAUAACUAUACAUUCCCGGAUGUUUAUUUGACAGGGAUGGCGGAUUAUUUGAACACCACUUUUUGGACAAUAAAAAACUUGACAGAUGGACAUACGCCUAAAGAACUAAAACAUUUAUUGGAACACCUUUGGGAUCUACAGGUAGACGUAGGAAAACUUAUCCCACCGAGAAGAAACGUUUGUGUUACUCCUGUGAAAAUCUUUACGGGUCCUACGGAAGAAAAGAAAAUAAAGAUUACGGUUCAAUCAGGAGCUGGUCACCACUUGGAUGAAAUAGAAACACAGGAACCAUCUGAGAAUAACACCGGUUUCGAUCCAGGCAAAUAUGUACAAACGCCUUUUACCGCCAAUAUUACGACCGAAUAUUUAAAAAAACAGCUUUUUAAAAGCCAAAUUUGUGAUUGUUAUCUUACAGUUCACAAAACUGCACUGAGAGCAGCGGGGACUGCAGUAAGAAUGUGGAAUCAAGGUGUAAAAGACAACCUGAAUUACAUGCUUCCUUUCGAAGGAAUUACCGAGUUAAGUGAUGAAGCACUGAUCCAGACCUAACUACUAUAAAACUGAAACCAUAACUUUGAAUCUUCGAAUAACAGGAACUAUAAAACUUUUCAGUUAAAAAGAAUCUAACCUAUUUCUGACUUCUUUUGUUCUUGUUUUUCUUUUCAUUAAAAUAUAAUUGUAACUGCACAUCAA